UAGGUACCAUCAAAUAACACAUAAAUGGUGGCGAACGGAACUGAGACAAUUUAUCUUACAUUAAAUAUUACAUCACGGAACAGCGAAUGAACAGUACUUCGAUUUUUGAACAUUCAUGAGUUYAUGACUAAUAAAACCGCAUUUUUUACAUCAGUCAUUAAUAUUACGAAGGUUACACCAACGCCGUUUGCGCGUUUGCCGUUCAUUGAAUACUGAAUCGUCUGCAUCCGUGGACCGUGAUCGUCGUCAUUGACAAGACGUAAUACUGUUGUAUAUAUACUGUUAUAGUACUACAAGUCUACAACUAUAGUAGUUGGCAAAACGUGGUGGAGGGAGCGAUAGUGAUUGAUUAAGUGAUAACGUAAAUAUUAAAUAACAACAAGUAUUACGAUAGUAUAACAACCAACAACAACAACAACGACGACGACGACCACAACGACAGCAAUCACAGAUCAGUGACUAACAGUGUCCGUCCAAACACUGUAUCAUCGGCAUUCAAUAAACCGCGGUGACUCUACAGCUGCGCCCGCAGGAGCCGUCGCCCGCGAGAUGAAGAACAUAUUUCUUGUCACUGUCGUCGGGUCGCUAGUUGCGUUCGCUUACGUUACUUAUGCGUGUAACGAGGCCGUGUGCGCGUCAAUUGUCUCCAAGUGCAUGAUCACACAGUCGUGCAAGUGCGACUUGGUAAACUGUUCGUGCUGCAAAGAAUGUUUCAGUUGCCUCAACAAUUUGUACAGUGAAUGCUGCUCGUGCGUGGACAUGUGUCCAAAACCAAAUAUUACUACUAAUGAAUUGAGUAGAAAAAGUCAUGUUGAAGAUCUAUCAGACUCUGUAGUAAAUUUGUUUACUGCUCUUGUUUCGGAACCAGAUAUACAACAACGAUGGGAAUCUCUUACAUACCCAAUUGAUUUAGACAUUGAAAUGUUCAAACCUGAUUUUCAAAAAGAAUUCAAGUUGUUGCAAAAAAACUCUGCUCAAGAUGUAUCUUCUAUGAAGAUCACUCUGAAUUGUUCUGUUGUAUUCAUGAAUCAAUGUUUGUCUUGGAACAAAUGUAGGGGAGCUUGUAUAUCAAUGGGUGCUAAAAGCUACCGAUGGUUCCAUGAUGGAUGUUGUGAAUGUGUUGGUGAACUGUGUUUGAAUUAUGGAUUAAACCAGAGCAGGUGUAAGCACUGUCCAUUAAAAGGUGCUGUUGUGCCAACAAUAAGUGAAGCUGAUUAUGGUGAUGAAGAAGAUGACGAUGAAGAAAUGAUACAAUAAGUAAUGAAUUUUUGUUACUUAGUAUUAAUUUUAAAUUUGUAUUUAUUAUAAUUUUGUUAUUUUUUUAUUUUAAUUGACAGAACUAUCAUAUCAAUAAAUUCCUACUCUGUACUUUUAUAAAUAUUAUAAUUUAACUACUUAGACGAAAAAGUUUACUUGCCUAAAUGAAUGCUCUUAGUUGUAGUAUGGUGGAUCUGACUGUCAAAUAAUUGAUUUAUUACUAUCUAUUUUGAUUUUAAUGUAGACUAUUGUAUUUAUAUUUAACUAAUUUUAUAACU